CAAAAACGGAAGAAAUCUCCGUAAGGUUUGAGUAUUUUCCUCGAGUUUCUUUGCGGGGUUUCUGGGGCGUGACUUUGUCGCUCGACUUAUUUAAGAGUUGUUUUCUUUCAAAAAUAUCAUCUUUCAUCCCCUUUUCAUUUGAAAAUCGUUAGAAUACAAAAUGGCCUCUACUCUUACUUUGAACCGCACUGGCGACAAGAUGCCCUUUGUCGGAUUUGGCUGCUGGAAGGUUGCCAACGAGGAUGCUGAGAACACCAUCUACACUGCUAUCAAGAACGGCUACCGUUUGAUUGAUGGUGCUGCUGACUAUGGCAAUGAAGUCGAGGUUGGCCGUGGUAUCAACAAGGCUAUCAACGAGGGUAUUGUCAAGCGUGAAGAACUUUUCGUCACCACCAAGUUGUGGAACACCUACCACAAGAAGGAACAUGUCCGUGAAGCCUUCAACAAGCAACUCAAGGACCUCAACCUUGAGUAUGUUGAUCUUUACUUGGUUCACUUCCCCGUUCCCUUGAAGCACGUUGCCAUCGAGACCGCUUACCCCCCUGGCUGGUUCCAGCCUGGUGAGGAAAAGGUCACUCUUGACCGUGCUCCCAUGCACGAGUGCUGGGCUGAGGUUGAGAAGUUGGUUGAGGAUGGUCUUGCCCGCAACAUCGGUGUCUCCAACUUCAACGUUCAGCUUCUUAUGGACCUCUUGACUUAUGCUAAGAUCAAGCCUGCUGCUCUUCAAGUCGAACUUCACCCUUACCUUCAGCAAAGCACCUUCGUUAAGUGGGUCCAGGAACAAGGUAUCCAAAUCACUGCUUACAGUUCAUUCGGUCCUGCCUCCUUCGUCUCUCUCGGUGUUGACCAUGCUAUCACCGCUGCUCCUCUCCUUGAGCACGAUGUCAUUUCCAACAUUGCUAAGGCUCACAACAAGUCCAAUGCCCAAGUUUUGCUGCGCUGGUCCGUAGAGAAGGGUAUCGCUGUCAUCCCCAAGUCCUCCAGCGAGGCUCGUAUGGUCUCCAACCACGAUGUCCUUUCAUGGUCCUUGACCGAGGCUGAUAUGGCUCAGAUCGCCAAGCUUGACCUUAACAUGCGCUUCAACGAUCCUGUCACCUAUGGCUUCAACCUUCCCAUCUUCAACUAAACCAAUACAAAAAGCACCUUCAUUGUUAUAUAGCGGAUAAAGGUUUAUUUCCUUCCUUACACCACAAAAUCAAUAAGCAGUAUCUAUAACACAAAUAAAUAUAACCGCUUAUUCAACUGUAGCCAACGUGUUCAUA